AUGAAAGGGACCGUGGAGCUGUUGAGUCUGCUUGGUUCCACCAUCAAGGACAUAUGUGCAUCUUCUGGCACGCCCGGCCUGUCGCUCGGCGUGCUCCAUCACAGUGCUGUUCUUUUCCGUGAAAAUUACGGCUAUCGCGACGUCGAGGCUCGUCAGAAGCCCGAUUCCGACACAAUAUAUGGUACCGCCUCACUCACAAAAGCUUUUACUUCGUCGCUUUUGGGAAUCUUUGUGGACGAAGGCAAGAUUGCCUGGGAUACACCUCUCCAUGACGUGCUACCAGACUUCCUUCGCAACGAUGAGAUCAACUCUGCCACUAUUGUUGAUGUUCUCGGCCAGCGUACUGGAUUGGCCAAAGGAAACAAUUACUGGUUCGGCAACGAUAACGGCUUACUUCUUGAGCAGUGCCAAGCCGUCCCAAUAGUGAACUAUCUCACUGCCAUCGAGCCAUUUCGUGCCAGUAGGAGUUCGAAUAAUUGGCACUAUGCCUUAGCUGGCCAGGUUGUGGAUGACCGCAUUUUGACGCCGUUGGGCUUGAAACGUACAGUAUUUUGGAACGACCUGAAUCAAGAGAACGUUGCUAAGCCAUAUGUCGCGCUUGAUGACGGGUCAUCGUACUCCAUUCCGUAUCCAAAACUUGCAGAUGGUACGUUGAUGGGCUCUGCAAUGGGUCUCAGGAGUUCAGUAAACGAUCUUUUGACAUGGUCAAAAGCACUGCUUGACGGCCUCGCCGACCAACGCCACUCUGGUCUGACAUCUACAAAUGGGCUCCCACUGAAGCAACCCAAAACUAUUAUGGACGGAAAGUCACCGCUCAGCUCCUCUUACCCUGGAAAAAUGGGCCUGGGAUGGAUGUUGACAACUACACCAAGCAAGAUAGGUGGUGGUGGCGCAAAUGCGAUGCUUCUCGAGGAAAUGCCAAAUGUCGGAGAGGACUCACCUGGAAUCGAGUUAAUCUACUACCAAGGUAGCACGUCUGGGUACACUACCUCACUUCUACUCGUGCCAGAAACACAAAGUGCGAUUAUUGUGCUUGCCAACUCGAUGGGUUUGAACGACGCUGCGGAUUGGGUUAGUCAAGCAGUCCUCGAAGUACUUCUGAAUACAACCAAACCGGCUGAUCACGCCGCACUCUCACGCGAAACCGCUAAGAAGCAAGUCUCAACGUUCCCGUCAAUGAACCAGACUUUACAGAAGGAUCGAACUCUUGGCACUUCGCCGCGAGAAUUGGGGAAAUAUGUCGGGGCAUACUACAAUUCUAUCAAGAACUUUUUCAUUGAAACAUGCAUCGAGGAUGGAGAGCUACACUUUGCAUUUCAAGGACUACGAGAUCAUCAAUCGUGGCCGCUCAAGCACUACAACUACGACACAUUUUCAUGGAUCAUAUCUCGGGAUGAAUGCGUCAAACGGGCUCGAUUUGCGGCCGCAUCACCUGGAUUGUAUCUGCUGGAAUUUGUACACAGUGAGGAUAACAUCGUUGCCCUUCAAUGGAAGCAUGACCCCGGAUUCAAGCAGCCGGAGGAAUUCACCAAAGCUUCCAAGCCUUACGGUAAUGGAGGUCUAUCUCAGAUCCCACUCGCUAUCUUAUGACUAGCCGUUGGAAUUGCUGUACUUUGGGCCGGAUGGUGGCUUGGACGAGCUGGUUUUGAACGUUUUAAACGUAUGAGAGUUGCACGUGAUGAGAGUCGAAGUGGGGUGGACG